GUUAUCGACUAUUCUAGAACCAAGUUUAACCAUUUUAUUGCUCUAUCGUAUACGUAUUGUUAGAAAAAUGGGUUAGUCAUUAAAAGGGUACUUUUUUUUCGUGUACUUUCAAAAACAGCACCAAAAGGGAAUUGCAAGCAAGACGCAAAGGUUGGUCGUUAUACUCAAGAAGAGUGGCUUGGAUAAGCUUUUGGCGCUUUUUCCAUACUCUAUGGCUGCAUUUUUUGAAUGGAGAGGAUUCUCUAUAAUGGCAAGUGACUGCUUGAAACUGGCAAGACAAGUGACGUUUGCGGUAGGACUGAUUUUUUUCUCGAUAGCAUUCGCCGUUUUUGUUGUGGUUUACGCUCCUUUCGUCAGUUAUUUUUUAAAUGCUUUGACCUCACACUUUUUGAAUCGGCGAGCUCCUGUAACCUUAAUCUUGUUUAACGAUGAAACCCUUUCCGUGCUGAACUUGUCAAAUAUGGUUUUCACGGCCGUAUUUAUUCUCCUCAUUGUAACCUUUGUGAUUCUUGACAGAUUGCUCAUUGAGACAAAGGAACUUCUUCGGCAGAAAUCAAAGGCCCCUUCACAGGAUGUCAUAAAUUACUACAACACAAUAGAUCCUGAAAAUGCAAUGCGAAUCAUUAGGAGGUCCAAAAAUCAGCGAAAGCCUCAGUUUUAGCCAUCCCUACAGGGCCUGAAAAGACAAAGCGAUACAACGGUACCUGACUGAGUGUGUACGUGUUUAGUUCCAACCAGAGGUGAAGAGGCACUAUUAUCGGAUGAAAAUAGGCAUUGAGCAAAAAAUCAUACCGUGCUAUUAAUGCUGUGCGAGGAGUUAUUUCCCACAUAUAGUCCUCUGAGUAGUUUAGAAAAGUUGGGAUGCUUGCGUGCUUUCGUUUUUCCA